GGCAAUAUUCACUGACAACGUGUCAGGUUAGUGUACGUGUAGCAAGCCAACCAGCACGAUACUAUUUCACUUUACUUUCUCAUACGGUAUCAUAUCUGUUUGCCGGAAUUUAUUCUUGAUUUAGUUUUGUUUGCGUGUUUUAACUAAAAUCUGCUGGAAAUGCCUCCUUCUCCAAGCUCUACUUCAGUAGGAUCUGGUAGUCGCUCACCUAGCAAAGCGACAGCCGCUCCAAGAUCAGCCAGCGGAGGUACUGUGCGACAACGUAAGACUACGACUACUACUACUGCAGCUAGAAAUAGAAGCACAGGCGCUGGUUCUGGCGGUAUGUGGCGAUUUUACACCGAUGACUCGCCUGGUGUCAAAGUGGGUCCUGUACCAGUGUUAGUCAUGUCUCUACUGUUUAUUGCUUCUGUCUUCAUGCUACACAUUUGGGGAAAAUACACAAGAGCAUAAUUAAGAUAAAAUAAUUAUUAAGUUGUUAAAGUGUAUUAUUUGUGAUGAGUGAUGAAAGUUUAUUUUACUGGGAUGUCUAGAUAUAAUAAAUUAUGUAAUAUAAUCAAUUCUUAUCUGAAUUAAAUUAAGUUCAAUUA